GCUCUUUGUUGUCAGCCGUGGCGGGCGGCGCGCGCGCGCUCGUGCCGGGUGAGUGGGCGGGCGGGCGCGCGCCUCCGAGGCCGCCGCCCCCGGCACUUGGCUCCCCCGGGACGGGAACUCUCAACUGCGGUCCGUCAACAGCCGCCGGGAGACGGCUCCGCCGCGCGCUCCGAACGCCUUGGUGCGCGCAGCCCCCGCGCGCGGCUGGGGGCGACUGCUCCGUGCCGCUGCCGUCCCUCCUCCUGCCGCGCUGGGCUUUUCCCCCCGCCCGGUUCGGUGGGUGGGGGGUGACCGCCCCUCCGCAGGGGAGCGGCGGCGGCGGGUGCUCUCCUCCUCCGGGCAGGAUGGUGGACCUGGACAGCGAGGUGCCCCCGCUGCCCCCGCGAUACCGGUUUCGGGACUUGCUGCUGGGCGACCAAGGCUGGCAGAGCGACGACAGGGUGCAAGUUGAAUUCUAUAUGAAUGAAAAUACAUUUAAAGAGAGACUAAAGCUCUUCUUCAUCAAAAACCAAAGAUCAAGUCUGAGAAUAAGAUUAUUCAAUUUUUCUCUCAAGCUACUAAGCUGUUUCUUAUACAUAAUUCGUGUGCUCCUGGAUGAUCCGAAGCAAGGACUUGGAUGUAAGGAAUUAAACUGGAGUUGUUCCAAUCAAAACUACACACCUGGAACAAUUGAUUGGUCUCCUAUUAUUUGGGUGAAUAGAAGCUUGCCUUUAUGGGGAUUACAGGUUUCUGUGGCUGUAAUAAGUCUCUUUGAAACUCUGCUGCUGAGUUAUCUAAGCUACAAGGGAAAUAUCUGGGAGCAAAUUCUGAGAAUACCCUUUCUCCUGGAAAUAAUUAAUGCUGUCCCUUUCAUCAUCACGAUUUUCUGGCCAGGCUUAAGAAACCUGUUUAUUCCUGUGUUUUUAAAUUGUUGGCUGGCAAAACAUGCUUUAGAGAAUAUGAUUAAUGAUCUUCAUAGAGCCAUUCAACGCACACAGUCUGCAAUGUUUAACCAAGUCCUCAUUUUAAUAUCUACCUUACUAUGUCUUAUCUUCACUUGUAUUUGUGGAAUUCAGCAUCUGGAACGAGCAGGAAACAGGCUGACUCUCUUUGACUCCCUUUAUUUCUGCAUAGUGACAUUUUCCACUGUGGGCUUUGGGGAUGUUACACCCAGGAUAUGGCCUUCAAAGCUGCUUGUUGUCAUUAUGAUCUGUGUUGCUCUUGUGGUGUUGCCCAUACAGUUUGAACAGCUGGCGUAUUUGUGGAUGGAGAGACAAAAGUCCGGUGGUAACUACAGUCGACACAGAGCUCAGACAGAAAAACAUGUUGUGCUGUGUGUAAGCUCUCUGAAGAUUGACUUACUUAUGGAUUUCUUAAAUGAAUUCUAUGCUCAUCCCAGAUUGCAGGACUAUUAUGUCGUUAUUUUGUGUCCUACUGAGAUGGAUGCUCAGGUCCGAAGGGUGUUACAAAUCCCAAUGUGGUCCCAAAGAGUUAUCUAUCUGCAAGGCUCAGCACUAAAAGAUCAAGACCUGUUGAGAGCUAAGAUGGAUGAUGCUGAAGCUUGUUUCAUUCUGAGUAGCCGCUGUGAGGUGGACCGGACAGCAGCUGAUCAUCAAACCAUUCUGAGAGCAUGGGCAGUUAAAGACUUUGCUCCAAAUUGUCCUUUGUAUGUCCAAAUACUGAAACCUGAGAAUAAAUUCCACAUCAAGUUUGCAGAUCACGUUGUGUGUGAAGAGGAAUUCAAAUAUGCGAUGCUAGCUCUAAAUUGUAUAUGCCCAGCUACCUCUACAUUAAUCACACUGCUGGUUCAUACAUCUAGGGGACAAGCAGCCCCAUGGGAAGCUUUUAGACAACUAACUGGAACCAAGCAGACUUUAAACAGAGAGAGUCAGCAAUCACCAGAACAGUGGCAGAAAAUGUAUGGCAGAUGCUCUGGUAAUGAAGUGUAUCAUAUUAACCUGGAAGAAAGUACUUUUUUUGCUGAGUAUGAAGGGAAAAGCUUCACAUAUGCUUCUUUCCAUGCACACAAAAAGUUUGGAGUCUGUCUGAUUGGUGUUAGAAAGGAAGAUAACAAAAACAUUUUGCUGAAUCCAGGUCCUCGAUAUAUCAUGAGUUCUACAGAUAUAUGCUUUUAUAUAAAUAUCACCAAAGAAGAGAAUUCUGCUUUUAAGAAGCAAGAAAAUAACAGAAAAAACCAUGAAUCAAAAUUAAGUUAUCAUGGAGCUUCUAGAUUACCCGUACACAGUAUAAUAGCCAGCAUGGGAACAGUGGCUAUCGAUUUGCAAGACACCGGCUGCCGGACAUCCAGUGGACCUACGCUGGCUCUUCCUUCUGAGGGAAGUAAAGAGGGCAGACGGCCCAGUAUAGCGCCUGUUUUGGAGGUGGCAGAUGCGUCCUCCCUUCAGACAUGUGACCUGCUGAGUGACCAGUCAGAAGAUGAAACUACUCCAUCAGAUGAUGAAGCCUCUGCAGGCUUUGAGUAUGCCAAAGGCUAUCCUCCUUACUCUCCAUAUAUUGGAAGCUCUCCCACAUUUUGUCAUCUUCUGCAUGAAAAAGUACCCUUCUGUUGUCUAAGGCUAGAUAAGGGAUGCCAACAUAACUACUAUGAAGACGCCAAAGCCUAUGGAUUCAAAAAUAAAUUGAUUAUAGUUGCAGCAGAAACUGCUGGAAAUGGCUUAUAUAAUUUUAUUGUUCCACUCAGAGCCUAUUAUCGACCAAAGAAAGAAUUAAAUCCCAUUGUAUUACUCCUGGAUAACCCGCCAGAUAUGCAUUUUCUGGAUGCAAUCUGUUGGUUUCCAAUGGUUUACUACAUGGUGGGCUCUAUCGACAACCUAGAUGACUUAUUAAGAUGUGGGGUCACCUUUGCAGCUAAUAUGGUGGUGGUGGACAAAGAAAGUACAAUGAGUGCUGAGGAAGACUACAUGGCGGAUGCAAAGACUAUUGUAAAUGUUCAAACACUCUUUAGGUUGUUCUCAAGCCUAAGCAUUAUCACAGAACUAACUCACCCAGCCAAUAUGAGAUUCAUGCAGUUCAGAGCCAAAGACUGCUAUUCCCUUGCUCUAUCCAAAUUGGAAAAGAAAGAGCGGGAGAAGGGAUCUAAUCUGGCAUUUAUGUUUCGACUGCCAUUUGCUGCCGGCAGGGUUUUCAGCAUCAGUAUGUUGGAUACACUGCUUUAUCAGUCAUUUGUGAAAGAUUAUAUGAUUUCUAUCACAAGACUUCUGCUGGGACUUGAUACCACACCAGGAUCUGGGUUUCUUUGUUCUAUGAAAAUCACAGAAGAGGAUCUAUGGAUUAGGACAUAUGCCAGACUAUAUCAGAAACUUUGUUCCUCUACAGGAGACAUUCCAAUUGGAGUCUAUAGGACAGAAUCUCAAAAGCUUACCACAUCUGAGUCUCAAAUCUCCAUCAGUGUGGAAGAAUGGGAAGACACUAGAGACACCAAAGAACAGAUUAGUUAUCGUAGUAAUCAUCGUAACUCAACAUCUAGUGAUCAGUCUGACCAUCCCUUGUUGCGACGAAAAAGCAUGCAGUGGGCCCGACGGCUGAGCAGAAGAGCACCGAGACACUCGGGUAAAACAGCAGAAAAAAUAAACCAGCAACGAAUGAACCUUUACAGGAGGUCAGAAAGACAGGAGCUUGCUGAGCUUGUGAAAAACAGGAUGAAGCAUCUGGGCCUUUCUCCAGCAGGUUACGAUGAAAUGAAUGAUCAUCAGAACACCCUUUCCUACAUCCUGAUCAAUCCUUCUCCAGAUACAAGAUUAGAGCUGAAUGAUAUAGUAUACUUGAUCCGACCUGAUCCGUUGGCUUAUGUUCCAAAUACUGCACCCAGCCGAAAAGACAGCUUCUGCAAUACAGUGGGGCAAGACACCAGGGAGGAAACACAGCUUUGAUACGUAACUCAUCACAAAAUUAAGAGACAAUUUUAUACAUAUGUUGUUUCCACUAACAAUUUUGAAAACUGAGUGGUACAUUUUAUUCAGAUUUUGGAAACAAAAUGACAGUUGGUAAGUGACCAAAUUGAGAAAUGCGUUGUCUAGAAACUCUGACUUAAGGAUUAUCAGGCUUGUGGCCUGAUCAGUAUGGUAGUUGAACUUUGUUAGCUUAACAGAAUUAUGACACCUAUUACUAUUUAAAUAAUAUGAACAAAUGGUUUAAAAAGUGACAGAUUCCAUCAUGCAUUUUGCUUAGAUGCUUCCAAGCAUAUUAAUCAAGGUGAGAGCAUGUCAGUGACUAAGCUUCUGGUCUACAUCUGUAAAGAUUAUCUAAUGCCCAUAGAGAGACCAUGCAUAAUUUGUAGUAGAAAAUAAGUUAACGCCUAAAGCUGCCAACAAGGCUUUGCGUGUCAAGAAUCCAGCCUUUGAAAUAAUUUUCUGUCUCAGCUUGUCACCCAUUUGUAUUAGAACAGGCUAGUUCCAGUCCCAUUUUAGCCUCCAGGACUUGAGUGUUAGGUCUCUGGGUUUAUGCAGACCAGGUUAAAUGACACAGCCUAGUAACACCUUAGAGGUUGAGAUCUGAGACACAUCCACGGCAAGAGUAGCUAAGAGGAGCCUACCUGGAGGAAAGUCCCUGUCAUCUCACACAGGCAACCCCCCACAUUUGCAAAAACUGCAAAGGUACUAUCUGUGCAAAGCUGCAAAUGAUGGCAGCUCAGGUGAAAUAUAACCCUUUUAAACUUAGUUUUUCAACAGAGGCCUAAAUAGAUUAUGAUACAAAGUAAGAGCAUCCUUCAAGGGAACAAUUAAAACCAUAAGUCCUUCUCAUUUUUCUGAAUAUGCCAGAACUGCAACUGUCCAAAGUAUGUACAUGCUCGGUCAUUCAGGUUACUCAAAUAUGAUACGUUUUCAUAUGGAAGUAUGCAUCACAUUAAAUAUUAUAUAAAUUUAUAACCCGUUCAAUAAAAUUAAUGUAAUACCAUGUCAUGUGAAAAGGCACCAUGGAUAUCAAGACUUCAUUUUGGCUUUAAGUACUCAAGAAAGAAGCUGGUAGUGUAUGAAACAUCUGAAACUGCUACAGAAUCUCCGGUCUGCACAGAUGAGAGUGCCGCAAUUGGUCAAGCUUUCUACAGAAUUAAGCACGCUCAUACAUGAUCUUCCAAGAUCACAUUCUUGCUUUGCCAUCUGUCACACAGCAGGAAGAACAUGCUUAAGGUAAACCACUCCUGUUACAAUUAUCCAUAUACAAGGAACUGGGCAAGCAAAUUCUUUGAAUUCGCUGAUGUCCUACAUGUACAAAAAAGCAGUCAAAAUUGUUCGUAUUCUCUUCUAUAUUAUUUGGUAGAAAAACUACAAUUUACUUCUGAAAAAUAACAUACCAAGUUGCCCAGCAAACAACUCAUGGAUGUGAGUACACUUACCAGUGUUGUAAAGGAUGUUGAAAUCAAGUCACAUGGAACGACAGUAAAUCUGCUUUUAUUCUCUCCCUUACUCUUAAUUCUUCCAAAACUUAACUAAUGUGUUUCAUAGUAAGUCAGAAAUCCUACAGCCACAAUUAUAAAAGAACACAGAGGUUUCAGAGUGAACUGAAGCCGUCAGAAGACAAAGAGUGCCAGAUUUUAAGGGAAAAAGGUAAAUAAAAGCAGAGUUUCUCAGCAUUUUUUUUAUAUUGACACACUGAAGUUCGAAAGGUUUCAGUGAUUCUGCAUAGAGUCCAUAACUGUUCAGUGUUUUUCCACAUACAAUAGUCAUUUAUCAGAUUAUUUACAGGUAAAGACAAAGUAUGUCAAAUGUUUCCCUGUGGGGAAAAAAAUAAAUCUGACCAGCUGCACGGACUAAAGCCUACAGUUUUUUAAAAAAAUGGUAUAUGGUACACGGUCUUGUCCAAGAUCUGUUGUCCCCGAAGAGACUGCAUGUGCAGUGUGAAUAACUUCCUACCUUUAAUGCCUUCAGUAAGAAGACUGUAUUUCAGUUGAAUGUUUAAAAGAAAAAAAAAAAAGCAAGUUUCUUAAAAAUAUUGACUCCAAAAUAUUAGAAGGGUCCUUUGUUUUGUACUGAAGGCGUUCCUAAUGGAGUUUCAAGUAGGCACAGGAUUCCAGAAACAUGACUACCCUUCAGCUGGCAAGCUAGAUACUCUGCUUUCUGUGUGAUUUACACAUUGGGUACAGGCAUUUCCUGUACACGGCUUGUUGUACCCACCACGGAUUUAAGGACUCUCUGCCCCGGGGAUCUACAGCUAGAACCUGUUGCCUCGCAUUUGGCAGCCUAUAAAGCAGAAGAAACAAGCAGUCAGGUGUAUCAAUUUUCCCACCCAACUGAGAGGAACUGCUUCUCAGCUAGAGUUGAAUAGUAGCAUUUAACAUGACCUGAUAUUUCUCCAAGGCUUCAUGAAUCUCUAAUUGCUUAUUAUCCCCAGAAGAUUUGCUAAAGCAAACACAAAGAGAGCUGAAGACACUUGCAGUCUCUAAAAUGAAUGAAUGGCAAUCUUUCUGAACAAAAGACUUGGUUCUCUUCCAAAUCUGCUGGAGAUCAGUAAAGUAAUAAAAACUAACAACAGUUUCUUAUGAAACAGAAGUUCUAAUAACCCCUGAAUAAUACAGCGCAAAGUACUGUUGUUCGAAUAUACUGUUAUUCAUGUUGAAAGCAGAACACCUUUGCUUCUUCUGGCCUAUCUUCACAGACAGAUGCCAUUCUAGAGGGAUUUAGGCUUUUCAGAAACCAUCCUAAGCACCUCUACAUUAACACAGAAUGAGACUGUACGCACAUACCUUCCACAGCCAGGGAGGCAAUUCCCUAAUGGUAAUCCUGCAGGCAAUCUUAUCUUCACAUGCUUUCUUCUCACCAUGAUUAGCAGAAACAUAAUACAAGUCUAGCUGGACUGGAGACCAGACUGAGGAAUAGUAAUCUCUGUGCUUGGUGCUGGAGAAGGGAUGAUGAAUCUCUAGAAUCAGCAGUUCCAAAUGACUGUUGAACAGAAAAGUUUUGUCUGGUCAUAAUUCACUCAGUAGAUAAAGAAUUUAGAUCACCGACAUAAGCAACAGAUGUAAUCCUCAACCAGUUGUCAAAAGUCAGAUAACCCAUAUUUGUUUCUCUCAAUUAAAAAAAAAAAAAAGUAUUAUUUCAAUUUUUCAGUUUAUGCUUAACUGUAUGUAUUUUUUUUCUUGCUGACUCAGUUCUGCCAAUAACUCAAAGAUAUCCAUGUUCCCCAGCACUACCUUAACACACACCAAGCAGUUCAGUACCCAAUGUCACAAUCCCGGUGGAGAAAGUGAUAGCCAAUAAUAAUUGAUCCAUUCUCACAAGAGGAUUCUCCAACAAAGCGAGACCUACCUAUGAAAAGGUGUUACCUGGUCUACAAUAAAAAGUCAUAACGCGUUUUUCAGUGAAAUGUGGUGUGUUUCCUUAACUAUUUCACUCCAGUUCCAGAACAUGCAUAAAGUCACACACAAAGGAAAAAGCAUACAGUUUUGAGUUUUUAAAAUGUCCAGCAGAAUGAGUUAGUGAAGUUUUCAUGACAUUUUGACUUGGAAAUUCAAAGAACAAUUGUUUCCCAGCAUAUAUAUUUCCCCUCCCACAAACAACUUCCUACUACACCUACUCUUUAACAGCUUUAAAGUACAAAAAUAUAUAUUACUGAAUAUUUCUUAUACAUCUUUGUUUAACACUGCACCAAUGGAACACUAAAGAAUAGAUUGCAGGCUUCAGCAGUGGAGGAAAAUGGAAAUGACAUCAAGUGCACCAGAAGUAACACACAGUUCUGCAUUUUCUAGGAAGCUAGGGCUGACAGUAACCAUUCUGUAAUUUUGGAGCACUGAUGCAUGAGGUUUUGCUGCAUUGAAUUCCAUUUGAUAUCUGAGGGAAAUCAAUCACUACUAUCUGGAAAUGAAUUAAUAAAAAAACAAGCAGCACUGUGUUGUGACAUCAAGUUGUACAAGGUUGUAAAAAAUACUUUUUCAGGCACUGAUAUAAAUGCAGAAUUUAUAAAAUAAAACAAUCCGUGUAAAA